AUGGCUAUGAUGUACACCACCCCAGGAGUGAUCGCCGUUGGCUCACCAAUGGUCUUCCAACCACCCGUUGCCUUCCAAGGUUUCUGGUACUACUCUUUGUUCUCUCAGUUGCAGCAGGCUCAGUUGAUGGAGAUGCACGCUUGGUUCAUGUCGAUGGACAGAGAUAGAUCUGGUACUAUCUCUGCUUAUGAGUUGCAGGCCUUGAUCAUUGGAGGUACUCCAUUGGGUUUGGACACUGCCACCAAGUUGAUCAAAUGUUUCGAUUCAAACAGAAACGGUCACAUUGACUUCUACGAGUAUGCCGCUCUGCACGCCUUUGUCAACACCAUGUACAGAUGUUUCGUUGCCAAUGACAGGAACUUCUCUGGCACGAUCGACCUCCGUGAGAUCCACUCUGCUCUCAUCACCGCAGGCUUCAACCUGCCAUACAACACCAUUAACUUGUUCUUCUUGAAGUACUCCCCAACUGGAAUGCCAAUCCUCUUCACGCAUUACAUCAACCUCUGUGCCUCUGUUGCCCUGUGCCGUUCCCUCUUUGAGUGGAACGACCCAAUGAGAACUGGAAUGGUCCACCUCAACAUGCUCCAGCUCUUUGACAUCAUGGCACUCAUC